CAAUUAAAAAUAUUAUUUUGAAAAUGAAAUUUAAAAAUAAUUAUGUUAUAAUCUUUACAUUUUAUUAUUUUUUUUUAAUAAAUGUAACCACUCACGGAGAUACUGAUAACAACACAUUAUCCAGAGAAACAACAAUUACAAAGAACUUUGCACCUUUAAAAAAAAGCGAUCUGUGUACAAAAUGCACAUGCGACUUAGCGAACAAUUUAAUCGAUUGCACGAGAAACUUGAACAGUUUGCUUUCUAAGGAAGAAUGGGAUGUCUUAAUGGACGGAGACUUUGUUCUUGAAACUAUCAAGCUAGAUCACAACAAUAUUAGUAAAAUUCCAAUUUUGCAAACAUAUGCUGUAAAAAAUUUGUACUUAGGAAAUAACCAGAUAGAUUCAAUAGCUAUCGGUGCCUUUCAAAAUUUAUCUGAAAUGACCAGUCUAGAUUUAUCACAUAACAAAUUAACUUCAAAAGUUUUGCUACCAGAUGUUUUUAGAGGACCCUAUACCGUAACGGACUUUAAGGCGUUAUAUAAUUUGAAAUCGCUAAAUUUGGGACAUAAUGACCUGCAUUUUUUGGACGCAGAUUUAUUUGAGCAUGUUCCAAACCUAGAAGAGCUUAUUUUGUGCUCAAAUAAUUUUCAAAUAAUAAACGGAGUUUCAGAAGUGGCAAUUUCAGGCUUGGCAUCAUUAAAGAUAUUGGAUAUUUCAUACAUGCAGUUAAAAAUUUUGCCACAAACAAUUCUACAUGGGCCACGAGAUCUUGAAACUUUUAUAGCAGCUGGAAAUCUUUUCAGUAAAUUGCCAAAAGCUUUAACAUAUGCAAAGAAUUUGGCCAGUCUUGUUUUGAAUGAAAACCCAAUUGAAGAUCUUCAAGGCGAUAACAUUUUUCCUAUGAUGACUAACUUAAAAUAUCUCAGUAUGUCUUAUAUGCCAAAGCUGCGGCAUGUCGGAGUUGGAGCUAUGAGUGAAUUGCAGAAUCUUACAGAACUAAUAUUGUCUGAUAACAAGUUUCUAGUCGAAAUCGAUGAGCUCGCCCUAGCAAAAAACCUGUCUGAUGGACAAUACAUGAACUAUCCUCCAUUGGAAAAAAUUUACUUAAAUAAUUGCAACCUGACAGCAAUACCAAGGUCAUUACUUGUACGUUGGGAUAAACUUGGAGUACUUGAUCUUCGAUUUAAUCCAUGGAACUGCGAUGAGUCGAAUGAUUAUUUAAUUAACAUCCUUCUACCACAAAUAAACAAAACAACCCCAAUUCUGGCAAAAAAUGUAGAGUGUAGUUCACCCCCUGUAUUACAAAAUGUGGCUGUUUUAAAGGUAGCGACGGAUCGUUUAAUUGACAAUAACAGCAGCAGUAGUAUUUUCUGGAUUGGGCUCCUAGUUUUUAUAUUUAUUGGCUUUCCGAUUACAUUAGGAAUUAUUGUAUUAUAUAGACGUGGCUGCUUUUAUUUAAAUAAAAAUGACAGUGUUACCAGUCAUGCUCUAUAUAAUAGAGCAAAGUUCAAUGACGAUUUCCAAAUUUAAACAUGUUGUAAUAUAUGUAUUGUUAUAUUUAUCAUACCCAACAAAGAAAAUAAAAUUAUAUAUUUGUACCCAA